AUGGAAAACCCAUUUAAAUCCGAAUCCCAGGUCGAAAAUGCCCACCUGGAUGAGCUGGUCAGCGAUCUGGUUGGAACAGUCAGGGAAAACGAAGAUCAUCUGAAGCACGUGCUAAGAAGUCUGCACAGUCUGUUGCAAAGCUCAGGCUGUGAGGAACUUUUUGUCAGCUCCCAGGUGGCAUUAAUACUUUCUUCCAACGAGGAGAACAUCGCCAAACGACGCCGCCUGAUGGAUGGAAAGGUCAUGCUACAGCAGCUCCUGGGCAUGCCCAUUCCCUCGACUGAGCCAAUCGUGUCGAGGACCCAGAGUUACCUGGUACUGCUCGACGCCAGCCAGAGGCUCCUGAAGUCGGAGGAUCGUCGGGUGCGAAGGUCCGCCCUCUUUAUGAUGCGACAAAUGCGGAAGUCCUGUCAAAUCCUGGAUGAGCAGGUCCUACUGGACUUCUCCCCGUGCAGCUCUCGGUUGUGGUCUAUUUUGGUGGACUUGGUGGAAGACCUGGAGCACGAUCAGUUGGUGGCAACUAAUCUGGAGUCCCAGCUAAACAGCCUGUUCUCGAAUUCCUGCGAUCUCGGCGAGCGUUGGAUAUCAUGGCUGCGCAUCCUGUGCGUCCGCCUCCUUCAAGAGGAAGGCAUCCUGACCGAGAUUUGUCGCCUCAGCUUGCUGCCUGAUUUCCUGCGGGCCACCAACAAAACCCAGUUUUUCGAUCCCGAAGAUCCCAAGCGCCUCAAGGAGCAACAGCUCAAAGAUUUUGUGUCCGCUGGAAAAGUCCAACUUUUUGUGGAGGCACUCGUUGUUAUUCCUUGGGAAAGCGUCCCAUUACUUUAUUGGCUAAAGUGCUUGAAAGAAGUAUCAUUUCCAAUUCCCCUUAUUUCAAAGCAGCUUUUUAAAAAGUUUUGCCACGUAAUUCGAGCACUUAAAGACUAUAAUCUUCGGAAUAAUGCUAAUUUCGAUGCGUGCCAAGUGUUUCACGCCACGCUCGACAGCUUUUCUUUGGAGGAUUUCGUAAGUUGCAUGGACGAGCUAUUCAAUGAAAAGGAUCAGUGUUUCGAGCAAAAUCGAUUGACGCGUAAAAUUGAGGACUGCGAAAACAUUGAGGUUCAUAUGCACAUUUUCAACAAACGGAGCUAUGAAAUUUUCAUAAGUUCGUGUAAAGGUGAGAUGUGUAGGGGUCAAACUGAACUUCGUCAGGCUUUCUUCCGAAAACUUCUAAAGGUUCCAAAAGCUAAGCAUGGUUGGUGGCGCCUUGAUCUUAAAAUAGAAGAAGAAGAAAUUAUAAUAGACUUCUAUCGACAAAUAUACGAUGUGGACACAAGUUGGCUUCUAAAAAGUGCGAGCCUCAAGGACAUGCAAUCGUAUUUAAUACAUAAACUGGAGUGCAACAACAGAGAUGAAAUUGCCUUUUUGAAGGCACAAUGUGUGGAUCUUUUUGUCGAAAAUCGUAUAACAUCAUGGAGCAAACUGAAGGAAUUGAGCUUAAACCCCGCAGAUUUGCUGGCCAAGGGUUCAUAUAAUGUAGCUGAUUCCCUGGUACACUUAUUAUGGCAGCAUAAGGAAAGAUUAGGGGACGUGAACUUACUGUCAACUCUAAUUUCUUCUACAUGUUCUGAUUAUGUGAUGGUGAUUUUAGAUUACGCGUAUGCAAAUUUGACCCAAAAGGAGGUUGACAAAUGCAUUCAGGAUAUCUUACAUCAUCACGAUUAUGCACUUAAUGUAAUGUAUCAAAGAAAACUUUCAAAAUCGUUUGCUCUAAAACUCAUCCUAGAAGGGGAAAGCACAACUGGAGAUGAACGCAUUGAAGCCGCUUUCCUAUACAAAACUUUGAACAUUUUUAGUUCUAAAGCCAGAGGUCGAAAUGUGGCCAUAAAAAGUGUCCUCAACGGUAGUAAAUCAGACGCAAGUGCCAUUUGUGACGAUCUGCUUAGGAUCAACAAUGAGCUUUCGAUUGAGUACCCCAGUUACUUGGAAAACUCCGAGGUUCACAUCAAAAAAAUACGAAUAGCUGCAGCUUUGAAUGCAUUUUGCAAACAUUGGACUUGGUCAGAUAAUUUGUGGCAGGCUGUAUUAUUUCCAAACGAUCACCUCGGUAUAACCUACAUGUACGAGUGUCUGGUGGCCAAAAUGCUGCCGAACAUAGAAAUCUUAAUAGACCAACUAAAGCUGUUACCAACACUAGAAACCAGUCAACAGGAAUCGAUUAUAUCUAUAGCUCACAUUUACAGCACUAUUCACUGGACUGAACUCAAGGAAGAUCAAUUAAAUGAAAUGUGUAAAUUGGUGCUACCGCUCUUAAAAUCACAAAAAUUUCAUAACAAUAGUCUUCCAAAGCUAAUUCUUCAUCGCUGGGCAAUGAAGUUCCAUUCAACAGGACGUAAUCUUCUUUACCAAAAUCACCUAUAUAAAGACAAAUUUGAGGAUACACUAUAUGAGCUUCAAAACGAGCCUCGAAUCUUCCUCGCGAAUAACAUUUCUCCUAAUAGCAUGCUGUAUGUUAUAGAUGCACCAUUUAAUGAACGCCACGUUUACGAAUUCUGUAAUAAGGACUAUGGGAUAUUUAGUGCUCGUGAGGCUUUUAAAGCCAAGGUAGCCCAGAAAAGGAACCUAACCAAGGAGAACGAACUACUUCUCUGA